CGGCGGCGGCGGCGUUGCUGUUGGCCGGAGCGGCUCGGGUCUACGGAGAGCCAGGAGAGGGAGGAUGUCGUCGGCCGGCAGCCGGGAGGAGGAGCGGCGGAAACUGGCCGAUAUCAUCAACCACUGGAACGCGAACCGGCUGGACCUGUUCGAGAUCAGCCAGCCCACCGAGGAUCUGGAAUUCCAUGGAGUAAUGAGAUUUUACUUUCAAGAUAAGGCUGCUGGAAACUUUGCAACAAAGUGCAUCCGGGUCUCCAGUACUGCUACAACUCAAGAUGUCAUAGAAACUCUUGCAGAGAAAUUUCGACCUGACAUGAGAAUGCUGUCAUCUCCUAAAUAUUCACUCUAUGAAGUACAUGUCAGUGGAGAAAGAAGAUUGGAUAUAGACGAGAAGCCUCUAGUUGUACAGCUAAAUUGGAACAAAGAUGAUCGAGAGGGCAGAUUUGUGCUCAAGAAUGAAAAUGAUGCCAUUCCUCCUAAGAAGGCUCAGAGUAAUGGGCCUGAGAAACAAGAAAAAGAAGGUGUGAUCCAGAACUUUAAAAGAACUCUUUCAAAGAAAGAAAAAAAAGAAAAAAAGAAGCGAGAAAAAGAGGCAUUGCGUCAGGUGUCUGAUAAAGAUGAUAGGUCUUUGUAUGGAGAUGACAUUGAGAAUUCUCGCCUGGCAGCUGAGGUGUAUAAAGAUAUGCCUGAAACCAGUUUUACACGCACAAUAUCAAAUCCUGAAGUAGUCAUGAAACGACGGAGACAGCAGAAACUAGAAAAGAGAAUGCAAGAGUUCCGAAGCUCAGAUGGCAGACCUGAUUCAGGUGGAACACUGAGGAUUUAUGCAGAUAGUUUAAAACCAAACAUCCCAUACAAGACAAUCCUGCUGUCAACCACGGAUACUGCAGAUUUCGCUGUGGUUGAAGCUUUAGAGAAAUACGGUCUGGAAAAAGAAAAUCCCAAGGAUUACUGCGUUGCCCGUGUUAUGCUUCCCCCUGGAGGCCAACAUUCAGAUGAAAAAGGUGCUAAAGAAGUUAUCUUGGAUGAUGAUGAAUGCCCCCUGCAGAUCUUCAGGGAAUGGCCAAGUGACAAAGGAAUAUUAGUUUUUCAGUUGAAGAGGAGGCCACCUGAUUAUGUCCCAAAAAAAUUGAAGAAGCAAAUGGAUGGAAAACCAGCAAAGGGGAAGGAAAGAGCUGAUGGGUCUGGCUAUGGCUCUUCACUUCCCCCUGAAAAAUUGCCCUAUUUGGUAGAAUUAAGCCCAGGCAGAAGGAAUCACUUUGCCUACUACAGCUAUCACACUUACGAAGAUGGUUCUGACUCCAGAGAUAAGCCAAAGCUCUACCGUCUGCAAUUAAGUGUCACCGAAGUUGGAACAGAAAAAUUUGAUGACAACUCUAUUCAGUUGUUUGGUCCAGGAAUUCAGCCUCACCAUUGUGACCUAACAAAUAUGGAUGGAGUUGUUACAGUUACCCCUAGAAGUAUUGAUGCAGAGACCUAUGUGGAAGGGCAACGUAUUUCAGAGACAACUAUGUUACAGAGUGGCAUGAAGGUUCAGUUUGGGACAUCUCAUGUAUUUAAAUUUGUAGACCCCAGUCAAGAUCAUAUUAUUACCAAAAGAUCUAUGGAUGGAGGACUAAUGGUUAAAGGUCCAAGGCACAAACCUGGAAUUGUCCAAGAGACAACCUUUGAUCUGGAAGGAGAUAUUCAUAGUGGAACAGCCAUACCCACAAGCAAGAGUACCACCAGACUGGACAGCGACAGGAUAUCAUCAGCAUCAAGCACAGCAGAACGAGGGAUGGUGAAGCCAAUGAUCAGAGUAGAACAGCAACAAGACUAUAGAAGACAGGACAGCAGAAGUCAGGAUGCCCCUGGUCCUGAAUUGAUACUGCCUGCAAGCAUAGAAUUCAGGGAAUGCUCUGAAGAUUCAUUUUUAUCAGCUAUUAUAAAUUAUACAAAUAGCUCUACAGUGCAUUUUAAGCUGUCACCUACAUAUGUGUUAUAUAUGGCAUGUCGGUAUGUGCUGUCAAGCCAGUACAGACCGGAAAUCAGCCCUACAGAGCGUACUCAUAAAGUCAUUGCAAUAGUUAACAAGAUGGUGAGCAUGAUGGAAGGAGUUAUUCAGGUGAGUGUCAAUCUGCUAUAUUUGGUUCAUUGUCUUCAGUCAGAACUUAAUAACUACAUGCCAGCCUUUCUGGAUGAUCCUGAAGAAAACAGUCUACAAAGACCUAAAAUAGACGAUGUCUUGCACACACUCACUGGAGCUAUGUCAUUAUUACGAAGAUGUAGGGUAAAUGCUGCCCUGACGAUUCAACUCUUCUCUCAGCUCUUUCAUUUUAUUAACAUGUGGCUGUUUAACAGACUCGUUACUGACCCAGACUCAGGGUUAUGUUCUCAUUACUGGGGAGCCAUUAUCCGUCAGCAGUUGGGGCAUAUUGAGGCCUGGGCAGAGAAACAGGGCCUUGAGCUCGCUGCUGACUGCCAUCUUAGCAGAAUUGUACAGGCAACCACACUACUUACUAUGGAUAAAUAUUCACCUGAGGAUAUUCCAAAUAUUAAUAGUACCUGCUUUAAGCUAAAUUCACUGCAACUUCAAGCCUUAUUACAAAAUUACCACUGUGCACCAGAUGAACCUUUUAUCCCAUCAGAUCUCAUAGAAAAUGUAGUAGCUGUUGCUGAAAAUACAGCUGAUGAAUUAGCACGUAGUGAUGGGAGAGAGGUACAAUUAGAAGAAGAUCCUGAUCUUCAACUACCCUUUCUUCUGCCAGAAGAUGGCUAUUCUUGUGAUGUUGUGCGAAAUGUUCCAAAUGGGUUACAGGAAUUUUUGGAUCCACUGUGUCAGAGAGGGUUCUGUAGGUUAUUGCCUCAUCCACGUUCACCAGGUACUUGGACAAUAUAUUUUGAAGGAGCAGAUUAUGAAAGUCACUUUAUGAGAGAGAACACUGAACUGACGCAGCCUCUGAGAAAAGAACCAGAAAUAAUCACUGUGACACUUAAGAAGCAAAAUGGCAUGGGUCUUAGCAUUGUUGCUGCAAAGGGCGCAGGUCAAGAUAAACUUGGAAUUUAUGUGAAGUCUGUUGUAAAAGGAGGUGCUGCAGAUGUGGAUGGACGUCUGGCUGCAGGUGAUCAACUGCUCAGUGUGGAUGGGCGGAGUUUAGUAGGACUGUCCCAAGAAAGGGCAGCAGAGCUCAUGACAAGGACAGGUUCUGUGGUGACAUUAGAAGUUGCAAAACAAGGAGCAAUUUACCACGGUUUGGCUACUCUCCUCAACCAGCCUUCUCCCAUGAUGCAAAGAGUUUCAGAUCGACGAGGCUCAGGUAAACCCCGACCAAAGAGUGAAGGUUUUGAACUGUAUAAUAAUUCAGCACAAAAUGGGUCACCUGAGAGUCCUCAGCUACCUUGGACAGAGUAUAGUGAACCAAAGAAGCUCCCAGGAGAUGACAGGCUGAUGAAGAACAGAGCUGAUCACCGGUCUAGCCCGAAUGUGGCAAAUCAGCCUCCUAGUCCUGGAGGGAAAAAUACAUAUGCCACUGGAACAUCAGCUAAGAUAACAUCUGUUUCUACUGGAAAUCUCUGCACAGAGGAGCAGACACCACCCCCAAGACCUGAAGCUUACCCUAUCCCAACUCAGACAUAUACCAGAGAGUACUUUACAUUCCCAGCUUCUAAAUCACAAGAUCGUAUGGUUCCUGUUCAGAAUCAGUGGACCAAUUAUGAUGAAAAACAACAGAUCCAGACAGAUAAUAAUCAUUCCGGUGUCAUAAUUCAGCGUGUUACUCGUUCCCAAGAAGAAUUGAGAGAUGAUCAAGUUUACCAACCAGAGUGUCAUCGCAAAGAUUCAGACUAUUUAGAUCGAAAGUCUGACAGUGACAUAUGGAUAAAUCAGAGCUCUUCUGUGGAAUCUAGUACGUCCAGCCAAGAAUUCCUGAACCACUCUUCUAAGUCUGUUACUCCAGCUUCUACUUUAACCAAAAGUGGCCCUGGCCGUUGGAAAACCCCAACAGCUCUUCAGCCAACCCCAGUGGCUAUUUCUCAACCUAUUCGAACAGACCUUCCUCCUCCGCCUCCCCCUCCUCCCGUGCACUAUGCAGCUGACUUUGAUGGGGUUCCCAUGGAUUUACCUCUGCCUCCCCCUCCUCCUCUUCACCAGAUAGGACCUCAGUCUGCACCAGCAGCAGCUGCAGAACGUAAAAAGAGAGAGGAACACCAGCGGUGGUAUGAAAAGGAAAAAGCGCGGUUAGAAGAAGAGAGAGAGAGGAAGCGACGAGAACAGGAAAGAAAGCUGGGGCAAAUGCGCACUCAGCCCUUGAACCCCACCCAACUUACUCCUGUACCUGUCCAGCAGAUAAAGCCAGAAAAGCCAUCUACGUUACAGAGACCCCAAGAAACUGUCAUCCGGGAGCUGCAGCCCCAGCAGCAGCCACGGACAAUUGAGCGGAGAGAUUUGCAGUACAUCACAAUCAGCAAAGAAGAGCUUUCCUCCAGUGAUAGCUUGUCCCCUGACCCAUGGAAACGGGAUGCCAAGGAAAAGCUGGAGAAACAGCAGCAAAUGCACAUUGUAGACAUGCUAAGCAAAGAGAUUCAGGAUCUUCAAAACAAACCAGAUCGCACAGCAGAAGAAAAUGACCGUUUACGAAAACUUAUGUUAGAGUGGCAAUUCCAGAAGAGACUCCAAGAAUCAAAGCAGAAGGAUGAAGAUGAUGAGGAUGAGGAAGAUGAUGAUGUAGAUACCAUGUUAAUUAUGCAGCGCCUAGAGGCCGAAAGAAGAACCAGGGUAAAGGGGAAAAAUCCUUUGGGUUUACAGGAUGAAGAACGCAGACGGCAGCAACAGUUGGAAGAGAUACGUAAACGGGAAGCAGAAGACAGGGCCAGACAGGAAGAAGAUCGUCGGCGCCAAGAGGAGGAGCGAGCAAAGCGAGAUGCUGAAGAAAAGAGGCGACAGGAGGAAGGGUAUUACAACCGUUUGGAAGCUGAAAGGCGCCGACAGCAUGACGAGGCAGAGCGGAGGCUGCUGGAGCCUGACGAGCCUGGUCUGUACAGACCGCCACUUCCACGGGACUAUGAACUCCCACCCCUACCCCUUUCGUCUAAUGCUCCUCCUCCCCCACCUCAACGAAACACCUCUUACCUCAAAACACAGGUCCUCUCCCCUGACACGGUAUACACUGCCAAGUUUGUUGCGUACAGUGAGGAGGAGGAGGAGGAGGAGGAGGAGAACUCCAGUCUAGCAGGUCAGGAUAAGUACUCCUGCACGAGAAAAUCUUAUGGGGACUUCCCUCCUGCCGCCCUUAAGCCACAGCAGCCCUCCUGUCAGCCGCGCCCAGUGUCCGAUGGCAUCUAUCUUUCCAACUCAUUCCAGCCACCCUCGGUCAAUGCCAACAGUACUGCUUACAAAACAGCCCAGCCCCCUCCCCCACCAAAAAAACCAAGUUUCUACCAUCCCAGCAGCUCAACAGGACCGAACUCUUACACUGGAUCUACAGGAGCAGUUGUUGGCGUCCAUGAGAUUUAUAGAGAUCCAAGAGAGAAACGAUCUAAAAGCCAAGAUGCAGAUUUACCUGGAGUUUCUGGAGCCCCUGAAAAUUUGACAUUCAAGGAACGUCAGCGUCUCUUUUCUCAGGGCCAAGAUGUAUCCAAUAAAGUAAAGGCUUCUAGGAAAUUAACGGAACUGGAAAAUGAACUGAAUACAAAAUAAGAGGAAAGGGGUAGUAAGAGGAGAGGGGGGGGAGGCAGGCACCUUAUUGGAUUUAGCUGGAGGUUCUCCAAGUAUAUAGGAUUUACAGGAGUGGGAAGGAGAGGGGUCUUGUUUUUUGUAAAUUAAUUUUGUGAUUCCUCUGUUUCUUAAACUGUUAAUUGAGAAUUAGAGAUGUUGCAAUACAUGGAAGAUUGAUUAUUUACCAAGAACCCUGUGGUUUCUACUAUAAAAGCACUGUAAAAUUCUAUUUUAAUGAUAGGAAUCACAUGAAGGUAACUAUCUUUUUUUUUUUAAGAGGGAAUUUUUCUUCACCCUACCCUCUUCUGUAACUGAACAUGUAGCAUAUGUCAGAAGUUAUAUUUCUUGGUCUUUCACAACACUUUGUUUUAGCUGCUGAGCAGAGGAAAGAGAAGAUAGCUUGAACUGCCCAAAUUAUUCUGUGCACUAUCUGUUGAGGCUUAUACAUUGUUUUACAGGAGAAUUUGUCUCUAAUUUGAUUUUAUCUCAGAAGAGACAACAUACUAGUGUUUAAUGUAUAUCACAUGCUAUUUAUGAGCUGCUAACCAGCAUAUCCCCUUGGUUGUGUCUAAAGGACACUAACUAGGGCACUCUUAGUUCUUAAUAGUCAUUAUUCUCUGUAUAGUAAUUUAAAAUUAAGCAAUUUUGACUUAAAGUUAUUUUAAGCAAAAUGAAUGCACACCUGAGAAAUCAUUACACCUCAUGUCAAAGCAAAUGCCCCCUGAUGUAUACAAAGUAUUUUAUUUACAAGUGAAAUCCAGAAAUAAGAAAGUUGUGGCAAUAAUCACUUGGAAUAUUUUGUUUUUAGCUUUAUUUUUUUUAAAUGUUAGAAUAGUUUUGGAAUAAGAAGCAAGAGAUAGUAAGUUGCUGUCAUGGUGUUCUCAUAGCUUAGGACCAAAAUUUUUUCAAGUUUUUAAGUGAAUGCAGGAUAUAUAAUAAAUGACAAGCAUCAGUGUGCUUCCUCUGUGGCUAGGAAUAAAGUGAACGAGAAGAAGGGAAGUUUAAAGUGUAAAAUUUCAUAUACCAACUAUUGUUAGAAUAGUAAAAUUUAUGUAAAUGAAAUGGAUUUAUUUUGUGUUUCUAGAAAACCAUCACAUAUACCAAGAAGGAAGAAAUUUUAAGUAAAUUGUCUUCAUGUCUGGCACCUGUAGUGUCCUCUUACAUUAUUUUAUGUAUUGUAAAAACAAAAAUAAGACAGAUUUUGGCAGUUCAAGCUAUUUUUUCACACUAUGAUAGCCUUAUUUAAUUUUAAAUUGUAUUUCAUCACUGUCAUUUCUUCAGCUAUGGGAUAUAUGGCUGAUGUUGGGGAUAAGGAGUUUGUUUUUCAAUGUGUGAUGUUAAAAUGAUAUAUAUUGUUGUGAUUCCAAACAAAUUUUCUAUAUGACAAAACCCUGUUGUGGGUUUUAUAUGAUUUUUUCUGUACCAUAUUGUUCUCUUAUAAAUAUAUAUUGGGGAAAUGCACACUUCCAUAUUUAAAGGGUAGAGAUUUUCACUGCCUUAGAAGAUAAAUCACUUUUCUUAAUAAGAGUUGUAUGAUAAAUAAAAAUGAAUGAAAAAUUUGGGUGUAAAUAUUUUUUACAUCUUUCAGUUUCUUAUUUUAAAGUGUGCUUUUGCCAUUUCAACUGUUCAAUAUGAAGUAAGAAAAUAAACUGGUUCAGAGUGUUUAUGAAGGAUUUGCAUGCUUAUCCUGUCUGAAAAAUCAGGAAAAGCAAGCCCCUCCCAAAAUAUCUUGAGAACACUAGCAGCCUUACAGUGACUAAAAUUCAGCACUUUUCUUUAAGGAAAAAUUAAUGCUAUGGAUGAAUUAACAUUUUUCUUCCCAGUAUCUAAAAAAAGAUUAGUGGAAAUAACAACAAAACCACCAUGUAAAUGUCUAUUUAUACAUACUAUAAUAUAAUGAUAAGAUUAUAUGUAAGUAUGUAUUUAUCUGGAGACCAUAAAUGAUUUAAUCAAAAGUGGAUUUGGCCAUCAUUGGGCCAUCUAAUAAAAUGUGAAUAUAUAUGUAAAAGUGCUUUUCAUAAUUGUUUAUGUAUUAUCAUGGAAAAAAGCAUCAAAACUGCUGUAGUUUCCCAUUUCUACUGUAUUUCACUUGCAACCUAUU